UGAUCGGCUCCUCACCUUUUUGCGUCAUGGUGUUCUCGGGACCGUGUGGACUCCUGGCUUGUACCUAUUUUUGGUUCGGAUCAGGCGAUGUCACCGUCGCGGCCCUGCCAACUUCACUUGCGCUGGCAAGGAGUGAAUGUCCAGAAUUUGCGGCCUCUGCCGCGCGCUCCGCUCGCUAUUGCGGCUUCGGACUCGGCUCCUAUCAAGAUGGGUCCAGUGAAUGCUAGAUCUGUAACGAACAAAACUUUUAUCAUAAAGGAUUUCCUCUGUAUUACUGAAACCUGGUUGUCUCCCGAUAAAUGGAAAUGGCCCUGACAGGGAAAGUUGCCCUCGUAACUGGAGCUGCACAAGGACUGGGAAGAGCCUUUUCAGAAAUUCUGCUAAAUAAUGGGGCAAAGGUGUGCCUUCUGGAUAUCAAUGUUUCAAAAGGGAAUGACGUUAAAUCUUUCUUUGACAAAACAUAUGGCAGUGAAUCAACUACAUUCAUUCCAUGUGAUGUGUCUUCAGAGACUAUGCUCAAGGAUGCCUUUAAUAAAGUAAAAGAGACUUACGGAAGGUUGGACAUCAUGUGCAAUAAUGCAGGGAUAAUAAAUGAGAGUGACUGGGAAAAAACUGUCGCCUUGAACUUGAAUGCAGUGAUCAGAGGUACAUAUUUGGCUUUAGACCACAUGAAGAAUCAAAAAGGAGGUGGCGUCAUUGUGAAUGUAGCAUCAGCAGCAGGUUUGGUUCCAUUUAUAUCUGUCCCAGUCUACACGGCGACUAAAUAUGGAGUUAUUGGAUUCUCUCAAGCAACAGCUAUGGCUUCAGAAGCUUGCAAGUUUGGUGUGCGAAUAAAUGUCUUGUGCCCAAUUUUUGUCCAGACGGAUAUACUUAAUGAUGUGAAAGAGCCUCGUCUUUUGGGGAUACUGCCUGAAUUAAUUCCAAUUACGGAAAAGCUGAUAGAACAUACUGGAAUAAUAAAAACUUCAGAUGUCGCUAAAGCCUUCCUGCAGUUGGUCACAGAUGAAAGCAAAAAUGGAGAAGUUUUGAAGAUUGAAAAGGAAGGUGCGGCAACAUAUGUGGAUUUUCCAUACAGGGAUAUGUUUAAAAAGCUAGGACUCUUAUAGUUUUGUCUAAGGAAUGAAAAGUAAGAAAUUUUGAUACCAAUGAAAUGUAUCUGCAGCAUAACUAUAAGAAGGCACCUAUGAAAUAGUAGUCCUACAAUAAAACUACUUUCCUAUCCAAUGCUUA